AUGCUUGAGACCAAAAAAUGCCAGAGAAAUUUGUUUCAAACGGACAAAUUUAAUUUGGUUGGUAGUAAUAAUGAAUAUGAAGCUUGUUCACCUGCCAAAAGGAGAAAAAAAUUAGACGAAACUAAAGAAAAUGAUGAUAAGAAACCUUCAACGCCUAGUAGUAAAGUUAAUAAUAAUAAGAAGAAAAUAUUAACUGAAUCCAAAUCCAGUAUAAGAACUAAUUCAGUUUUAAAUUUUUCUGAGGAUAGCUCAUCAUCCCUUAGUGAUAGUGACGAUGAUGACAUUGAAGAACUAUUUUAUCAAUUACAAAAAUCUGGAAUUAAAACUAUUGAAUCUCAUUUUAAUUCUAAAAAAACUACACCUAAAACUGAAACACCCAAAGGUAGGAUAUCCAAGGCAGAGACACCUAAACAUGAAAUAAUAUCUAAAAUAGAAACAUCGAAAUGUGAAUCAUCCAAAUCGGAGACACCCAAACGAAGAACAUCUAAAAUAGAAACAUCCAAAUGUGAAUCAUCUAAAUCAGAGACACCUAAACGAAGAACAUCCAAAGUAGACACACCUAAAUCUGACAAAUAUAAAAUAGAGACACCUAAAGUAAAAAAAAUUAAAACAGAAACACAUGCAUAUGAAUCAUCUAAAAAAGAAUCACCCAAGGUAGAAGUAUCGAAAAGAAAAACACCUAAAACACCUUUAAAUGGUAAUACAUCAAGUCAAACUAAAAAUUCUACCAGUAAAAAAACUCCUAUCAAAAAGAAUAAAAUUAAAAAAAAAUUAAUCGAAGAAUUUAGUGAUUCAAGUGAAGAUGUGAAUGAUUCUGAUUCGAGUGAUUUUGAAAUAAAAUCGUGUAUUAAUGUACCUGAUCUAGAAAAACUACCUGAGGAUUUAAUUUUAAAUUACAAGAGAACUCCGAAAAAAACUAAUAGAUUUGAGAUAGAAUACACACCUAGCAAAAUUAAAAGCACUGAAAAAAUUAUUAUAAAAACACCGAGCAGAUCUGCAGGGAAAAAUAAUUACGAAUCAGAUGAUUUAUUAAAAAGUGAUCCUGAGUCUACUCCAAAACGAUCUGCAACACCCUUAGAAAAAGCUUGGGUCAAUUUGCAUGCGUCAGCUGUUCCUAAUUUUCUACCUUGCAGAGAAAAAGAAUUUAAUAAUAUUCUUACGUUUGUCAAAAAUAAACUCUGGGAUGGAAUCGGAGGGUGCAUGUACAUAUCCGGUGUACCCGGUACGGGAAAAACAGCCACUGUAACACAAGUCGUUAAACAUUUAAAAAAAUGUGCUGAAAACAACGAAGUACCAGAUUUUAAAUUCGUGGAAAUAAAUGGAAUGAGAUUAACCGAUCCAAGGCAAGCUUACGUUCAAUUAUGGCGAAAACUUUUUGAUAAAAAAGAUAGAAUUUCACCGGACCACGCUCAAAAAUUAUUAGAUAAUUGGUUUAGUAAAAACGAUAAAAGAAGCGAGAAAAAAACAACGGUUUUGCUUGUGGAUGAGUUGGAUUUGAUCUGUCAUAAAAAACAAGAUGUAGUGUACAAUUUACUCGACUGGCCUACUCGAACUCAUUCCCGCCUCGUUGUUCUCACCAUAGCAAAUACAAUGGAUAUGCCUGAAAGAUACUUUAAGGGUCGAAUAACGAGUAGAAUGGGAUUAACGAGAUUAACAUUCACACCAUAUACUUACAAACAAUUGGAAGAAAUCGUUUCGGAAAGACUCAAAGGGCUCGACGCAUUCGAAUCCGAUGCGGUGCAAUUGGUGUCGAGAAAAGUGGCAGCCGUGUCUGGAGAUGCCAGGAGAGCACUUGGCAUUUGUCAAAGAGCGGCUGAAUUACCCGAAUCUUACGGCGAAGUUAAAAUGAGUCACAUAGAACAAGCAAUUAAAGAAAUGACAAAUUCGAAUAUCGUUAAAAUCAUAAAAAGUUGUAGCUUGAUGGAAAAACUUUUUCUUCAAUCUUUAUGCGACGUAACGUUUCAUUCAAAUGCAGAUGAAGUCGAAUUAAUAAAAGUAAUAGAUCAACUCUUGACAACUUGCGUUUUGGAAGGAAUUCCACGACCGGUCGUAUCGACAAUUUUAACUAUAACAAAUCGUUUGAGAUGCUGUCGUUUGAUUUUUGUCAAUCAACCAAAAACAGGAAUUUUACAACGAGUUAUGUUAAACGUUACUCAAGACGACAUUCAUUACGCCGUCAAAUGUUAA